CGGGUCCUGGUCGUCCUGGCCGCGGUGGCGGCCACCGGCGCCUUCCUGCGCCGGCCGCGCGGCCUCAAGCACACCAAGCCCGAGUUCUGGAUGGAUUCGCUUAUAUGUUGGCUGAACAUGGCUAUGACGUCUGGACUCUAAACUACCGAGGCAGCUUCUACUGUCGGAAGCACAAAACGCUGACCACCAAGGACCACGAUUUCUGGGACUUCAGCUGGCACGAGAACGGCGUGAUCGACCAGGCCGAGAGCAUCGACUACAUCCUCAAGGUGACGGGCAAGAAGAAGGUGAUCGCGCUCGGCCACUCCAUGAGCAGCAGCGCGUUGACGGUGCUGCUGGCGGAGCGGCCCGAGUACAACGACAAGGUCAUGGGGCAGGUGCUGCUGGCGUCGCCCGCCUACUACGAGCACCCCACCGGCAUCAUGGCCUACCUCAGCCACUUCAUCAAGAUCAUCCCCGGCGCGGAGGUGGGUUCCUCCGCCAAUGUGGAGAACGAUUUGUUCGUCGGCUUCGACAAGCCCUACCCCCAGUCCUGCUACGUCCACUACAAACCCAAGAUGCUGCCGUUCUGCAGACGUCUCAUCGAGUUCAUCAUGGGCCCGUUCCACGAGCCCGUCGACGACGAGCUGCUGCAGCUGACCAUGCACCACUACCCCGCCGGAUCCUCCAUCAGGCAGAUGCAGCACUACGCGCAGUGUAUGAACUCGAAGAGGUUCGCGCAGUACGACUACGGCAAGGACAGGAACCGGGACUUGUACGGCCAGGACCUGCCGCCGUUGUACAACCUGACCAACAUCAGGACCCCCACUUACGUGGUGUACGCGCUGGGGGACGGCAAUGUCAACUGGAGGGACGCGAUAACUUUCGCCAAGAACCUUGCCCCCGGGGUCUUGAAGAAACUUUACAGGGUGCCACCAAAGGACUUCUGCCACAUCGACUACCUGAUCGCCCGAGACGCCAAAGAGCUUAUCUACGACCCUGUCAUCAACUUCGUCGACGAAAUCAAAGCAAACGAUGCGAACCGUGACUGAAUCCUGUGACUGUAAAUUAAGAAAAAAGCAGCAAUAUUUGUUUUAGGAUACUGUAAAAGUCUCGUGAUGGUGACCCCACAAUGGGUCGGUCGGCCGAUCAGAGGUGUUUGCCACGCUGAGAGAGAAUGGGAUUCGAAUCUCAAGUCAAACAACUCUUUCCACAGCCAGAUUGUUGAUAUAUCUGAAACCCGGUACCAUCACUCAAAAGUUGAUCGCAACUCUUCGGAGUGGUUGGGUGGGAACUCUUUUGCAUCCGAGUGUGAGCUAGCUCUUGUACACAUAGAGGGACGCGCCAUCUAUUAAGACGGGAUUACCUUCAUUUUCGCUCGGCAACAUCUGACAAUAACGUAACGAUUUUCCGUAACGUAAGGUUUCCAUCACGUGUGUUCUUACGGGAGCACCCACAGUCGUCUUAUUUUAUUUACGAUUUCUUAUCUUACGGCGGAGGCUCUUACUUAUUUUUCGUCCGUGUCCGAAUAUCCGAACAGCAUGGAAAGAGAGGAGGAUUUCCGUAAAAUAAGGUGUCCUUACGUUAUUUCGGGCGCGCUUGAUUCGAAUUCGACCAAUGGGAGCAAGCAAGGGAUAGAUUUUGAGAAACAAACAUUGGUCCGCGAAAAAGGGAAAGAUAAAGAAGAGAAAGACGUCCUCCGCAUCGUCGUCUGAGUUUGUUUUUAUUUUCGUGCUAGGUUAUGUUGACCUGCACACUAACGUAAAAUAGACUUUGAGGAUAAAAGCUCUAUUUCGAAAACCUUAUUUUACGGAAAAAUCUUACGGACGAUCGUUACGUUAUUUACAAGCGAAAACGAGGCUAAACCCGCCUUUAGACACGCGUGGGUGGGUUGGGGUUUAGGGAGGGAGAGGGACGUCCCUUACAUGCACGCGUCUCUCAGGAGACCGUCCGACCGACCGUCUCCUGGGAUCACUUUUAUUACAGAAACGUGUGUUAGGGUUGAU